AUGGUUCCGGACUCCAUGCUGGUGAACGUCAGCCAAACUGAAGGGCGUGAUAUGACCGUGACCUUGAAGACGACUUUGAGCCCCGAGCAGAAACAAAGAACACAUGACCUGGAGGGUGUGCUGUCGUCUGCAAUGCAAGCGGCUAAGUUGGACGAGAGCCCGCCGUUACAGAGUCGUCCGCAAUCAGGUGAUCUGUUAUCCGACAAGCGGGAUGAGAAGACUGCCUCCCGUACAGCAGAACGCGCUGAUCUCUCUACCCCUUUGACGGAGGUGACAGCCUUGAACUUUGAGGUUUCUGAGACCUCGCAUAGGACAGGUGAAGACUCCAGCUGUUCUGUGGUAUCACAUGAAACGGAACUGGAGCCUGGUGAUGAGGUUGACUACGAGGAGGACUUUUUUGAAGAGGAUAAGAAUAGAAGGUGA